CGGGCCGGGCCGGAAGGACGAGAGCGAGAUGGAGGCGGAGCGGCAGCAGCAGCAGCUCCGCAGCCUGCGCGACUUCCUGCUGGUCUACAACCGCAUGACGGAGGCGUGCUUCCAGCGCUGCGUCUCCAACCUCAACUACCGGGCGCUCGCCAGGGACGAGGAGUCGUGCCUGGACAACUGCGCGAGCAAGCUGGUGCGCUCCAACCACCGCCUGAUGGCCGCCUACGUCCAGCUCAUGCCGUCCAUCGUCCAGCGCAGGAUAUCUGACUACGAGGCGGCAGCGGCGGCGGCGAGCAGCCCAGGCGCGGAGGCGCCUGCCCUCCCGGGGCCCGGCUUCGUCAGCACCUCCUGAGCAGUCGUGCAAGCGGCUGCCCUAGUGGCUCUCCGGGAGGACUGCGCUCCCCCAGGCAGGGGUGGUCCAGGUCCCGCAAGGCCCUCUGCCCACCGACAUGGGGCGGAGGUAGCCCAGCUGGCCCCCUUUCCCGGAGUGGCACAUGCCCAGCGGGCCGUUUCCUGCUGCAGCAGCCUCUCGCCUGGCUGACGCGUGCAGGCAGCUUGGAGGCUGUGCGUGGGAACCAUACCACUCUUGGCGAAUCCGGACACCAGAGCUAUCCUGGCGUUCUCUUCUGGUUGCCUUUUCGUUUUGCGGGGCUUUGCUGGCCAGCACACUUGCCUGGAAGUUGGUGCCACUGCUGCACUUCAUCUGGUCCCAGCGUUGCUUGUUGUCAGGAAGACAGAGGCCACGGAAUGGUGUAGAAGUGAGGACAACUGUCGUUUGCUCCUUGCCAUUAAACUCAUCUGUUAGCCACAA